AUGAAGGGCUUUGGUAAUUCAUGGUCGAUGUUGAUCGACUCCGGGGCGUCUGGAAAGUAUCAUCGACGUUGUUCCCUGAAGGGUAGUCAGAAGUAUGCUGAGGCGCUAAAAGCGCAAAAGAAUGAGACUGUCACUGUUCGCUUUGCUACAGGUGCAUUAGUCACUGUGCCUACAGUUCCUGUGAACUUGGGCGUGGAGUUUCCGGACUUUGACAGUAUCGAACGCUGUUUAGUCCUUGACUUGGGCGAGAGGUAUGAUCUCAUCCUUGGUAUAGCUUCGUGA